CAUGGUAGCGGAAGCGGCCACGAAAUGCCAGCUUGUUUGCCAACAUUCUUCCGACAUUCCCUCGGUGCUAUGAAAGGUGAACAUCACGGAGACUUAAAACUAAUAUUACAGGAAUAUACCAAAUUAGGGGCUCGCAUCGAAAAGCUCGACGAUAAAGAUGAAUCUUUAAUACUUAUCGCACCUGUAAAUUCAGUAUUUCAUAAUAGCACGAAUAAACCUAGUUACGUGACUAGUUCAACAGAAGAUCCUUGGGAAAAAAUACGUAGAUUUGUUUUAGCACAUAUUGUUCCAAAGUCAUCACAACUUCAUAAUGGAGAUGAACUUGAUACUUUACUUGAAGGAACAAAAAUUAAAGUUAAGGAAGGUAAUGAUGGAAAUUUUAUAUUGAAUGAAAAAGCUAAUACUGGUAUGACAAAAGAAGCAAGCGAUCAUUAUGUUCAGGUACCUGAUCGCGGUUUGGUAGAAGUUGGUGGUGAAGAUAGUGUAAAAUUUUUGCAAGGACUAAUAACAAAUCAUAUGCCAUUAAUUCAAUCCGGUGGAGAUGGAUUUUAUUCAGCAUUCUUGAGUCCAAUUGGUCGCGUACUAUACGACACGUUUGUCCAUCCAAAAAACGUGGGUACAACGUUUCCACAUCCAAUCUAUUUGGUAGAAUGUGAUUCUCGAAUAGUAUCAGAUCUCAUAAAACACAUGAAAAAAUACGUUCUCAGAUCUAAAGUUUCAAUUAUUGACGUAUCAUCUCAAUAUAAUAUUUGGAAUAUGUGGGGUGGAAAUAUAAACAAUUUAUGGUGGCGAUAUCAAGUACCCAAUCCUUCAGCCACAAAAUUACCAAUAGGUUCUUUGGUUUUGAAAGAGAGAAUUGCUGAAAUCGGGUGUAUGGAUAAACGAUGCCCUUAUAUGGGCCUAAGAUUUGUACUGCCAUUCAACACAACACCAUCAGUUCCAUCAUCGUUUAAUCGGUUACCACCAGAAGAAUACAAAAUUCGUCGAACUUUAUAUGGUAUCCCUGAAGGGAUUGAUGACCUACCGCCAGGGUCAUCAUUACCAUUGCAAAGUAAUUUUGAUUACAUGAGAGGAAUUGACUGGCAUAAAGGUUGUUAUAUUGGACAAGAACUCACAUUUCGAACCUAUCAUGUCGGUGUAACAAGGAAACGAAUUAUGCCCGUGCAAUUAGUUCAGCAAGAUGAAAGUCGUCCGAUAGGUACUAUAGGGUCUUCUUGUCAUAAUGUUGCAUUGGCAUUAUUAAACUUGGAUAAAGUUCAAGAUGAAAAUUUGAUUGUAGCUAGUGAACAAGGAGAGGUAUACAGAGUAAAACCAUUUAUUCCCGAUUGGUGGCCAAAAGUUGAUGACAAGCCUAUUUAA